AUGGACAUAAAAAUAGGAACUAGAACAUUUUUAGAAUCUGAAGUAGCAAAUAAACAUAAAAGAGUUGAUUUGUAUAAAAAGAUGAUUGAAUUGGCACCUAAUGAACCUACUGACCAAGAAAGACAAGACGAAGCAAUUACAAAAUUAAGGUACCUAAUAUUAAAAUAUACUACCUAG